AAAAUAAUGAAAUGGCGGUGUUUGGUAUAGUUCCCCCUUCACUCCGCCGCUGAAACAACCUGUGGAGGCACUGUGCAGCCCUCUACCUGGCCCUGAUGGCACCCUGAUAGCCCUGCACACCUGUCCGGCCCUGUACCUGUGCGGGGCGCCAGACUGAUGCUGCAGUACGACCAACACGAGGGGGGAGCCUGACGUGAACACCAACACACACACCGGCACAAUGGGGAAGCUACCAUGCCUGUUGUUGGUGGCGAUGGCAGUGGUGGUGUUACCUGACCCAGUGCGCGGCGAGGCUUACUUCGAGACGCUGUACGAGAUGAUGGUGGACGCCAAGGACACACUGAAGGAGAUGGCCGGACACGUCAACCACGGCCUGGAGACGGUGGCCAAGACGGUGAAGUUCGUCGAGAGCUUCAUAGACUCAACGGUGGAGGAGGACUGUGUCUAUCGCUGUCACAAGAAUAAAGUGCCGAUCGGGAAUCCAAGUUACGUCCCCCAGGCUAACGGGUGUGGGUCCCUUGGGGUGUUCUUCGAGAGGGAGGACUUGCCGAGGCCGGAGAUGGUGGACUGCUGUAAUGACCACGAUGUAUGCUAUGACACAUGUGGUUCAGACAAGGAGGACUGCGAUAGGAAGUUUAAAAGGUGUUUGUAUAGCAUCUGCGACGUCAACCGGAAGGAUAUGAACUUUGUGAACGAGAAGAAGUGCAAGGGUGGCGCCAAGAUGCUGUACAUGGCAACGAUGGCGCUCGGAUGCACGGCUUAUAAGGAUGCGCAGAGGGAGUCCUGUCUCUGUGUGGACGUGAAGGAUAUUCCUGAGGCGCGGAAUGAGUUGUAGAAAAAAGUAAGAAAGUAAAUGAAAAAAUAACAGAGUGAGACCUACCUACCUCUGUGUGACCCCCAAAUACAUUACUAACAGGGUGGAAUGAGUUAUAAGAAGAGAGAAAUAAAGGAAAACAGGAGUGUAAGACCUAGUUCCUGACGGGUAGAGUGAGUUGUGAGUAAAGUAACAAAACAGACGAUAAAUAGGAGACCAAGAGAGUGAAAGACGGUGAAGGGAGUGUCAUUACCAAGGCAAAAAAAAAACCUACCAAGAAAAGGAAGGAAAAUGAGGCUUAAUAGAAGACCCAGGCAGUGAAGGACCAUAUCAGGGAGUGCCAAAGGAGGCUCAAACUUCCGACCUUUAACCGAACUGAUCUCUGUCGUCGUUAGUGAGGCAAAAAGGUUAUGUUGAUGUGCAGUGAAAGCCAAGAUACUCAACGUAACUGUCCUAGACGCCAGUUCAUAGUUCCUAGGCGGCUUCAUCAAACAUAACUGGCUGCUAUUCCUCUUGUUUCAUGCUGUUUUGACAAUACUCAUGAAUCACAGGAAUUUCAAUGGUAUUCUGGUUGUGUGUAUGUGUGGGUGUUUUCCCUGUAUAAGUUUGGGCGAGUUGAUUCUUGCUACCAAACUCACACACACACAAAUAUAUACACAUCUCACCUUUCCUAUGGGGGAGUGAUGCAUAACAUUGUAUUCUCCGAGCCAGUGAUGGGAGAGCAGAUCAAUGUCGCAAACUAUGUGUUACGCUUCCAGAAUGUUCUUGUCCGUUCUAGCGCAGGUUAAAAAAAGGGUUGUCUGUGUUAUGCUUCUGGUAAUUUCCUUGUCCGUUGCAGCAAAACAGGGGCAGUAAGUGUGUUUGUUAGGCCACCAGAAUGUUCUCGUCCGGUCCAACAGAGUCCAAUAGGGUGUCUUGUGUUUCAGAAUGUUCUUGUCCGUUCCAACACAGGAUAAAAAAAAGGAGUUUGUGUUAUGCUUCUGGAAUUUUCUUGUCUGUUGCAGCAAAACAGGGGCAGUAAGUGUGUUUGUUAGGCCACCAGAAUGUUCUCGUCCGGUCCAACAGAGUCCAAUAGGGUGUCUUGUGUUCCAGAAUGUCCUUGUCCGUUCCAACACACGAUCAGAAAAGGAGUGUCUGUAACGCUUCUGAAAUUUUCUUGUCCAAUACAGUGUAGUCGAAAGAGGAGGCCAUGUGCUAUGCUUGCAAAAUGUUAUAGUUUGUUGAAGAAAGGUGACAAAAAGUGUGUGUUGCUUGCAGAAUGUCCUUGUCCGUUUCAACACAGGAUCAAAAAAGGAGUUUGUGUUAUGCUUCUGAAGUUUUCUUGUCCAAUACAGUAUAGCCAAUAAAGGAGGAUAUGUGCUAUGCUCCCAAAAUGUUAUUGUUUGUUGAAGAAAAGGGACAAAAAGUGUGUGUGUUGCUUGCAGAAUGUCCUUGUCCGUUUCAACACAGGAUCAAAAAAGGAGUUUGUGUUAUGCUUCUGAAAUUUUCUUGUCCAAUACAGUAUAGCCAAUAAAGGAGGCCAUGUGCUAUGCUCCCAAAAUGUUAUUGUUUGUUGAAGAAAAGGGACAAAAAGUGUGUGUGUUGCUUGCAGAAUGUUCUCGUCCAAUCCAACACAGAAUCAAAAAGUGUCCUGUGUUCCAGAAUGUUCCUCUCUGUUAAUAAAGGGUGUCAUGUGUAAUGCUUCUAGUUCAUUGCAGUACAGGGACGAAAAGGGUAUCCGUGUUGCUUGCAGAGUGUUCAUAUCCGUUCCAACACAGAAUCCAGUAGGGCGUCAUGUGUUCCAAAACGUUCCUAUCAGUUCCAACUUAAGAUCAAUGGGAUGUCAUCUGUAACGCGUCCAAAAUGUUCUAGUUCAUUGCAGUACAGGGACGAAAAGGAUAUCCGUUCCAACUCAGAAUCCAGUAGGGCGUCAUGUGUUCCAAAACGUUCCUAUCAGUUCUAACUUAAGAUCAAUGGGGUGUCAUCUGUAACGCGUCCAAAAUGUUCUAGUUCAUUGCAGUACAGGGACGAAAAGGAUAUCCGUUCCAACUCAGAAUCCAGUAGGGCGUCAUGUGUUCCAAAACGUUCCUAUCAGUUCUAACUUAAGAUCUAUGGGGUGUCCUCUGUAACGCUUCCAAAAUGUUCUAGUUCACCGCAGUACAGGGACGAAAAGGAUAUCCGUUCCAGCUCAUAAUCCAGUAGGGCGUCAUGUGUUCCAAAACGUUCCUAUCAGUCCCAACUUAAGAUCAAAAACGAUGUCCUCUGUAACUCGUCCAAAAUGUUCUAGUUCACCGCAGUACAGGGACGAAAAGUGUGUCUUGUGUUGCUUCCAGAAUGUCCACAGAGUCAACAAGCUGUCCAUGUAUUUAGUUCUGCUUGACAAGGGUUGGCAAUACUGUUCACUGAGCCAUGUCGUACGUCCAUGGUGCUGUCGAGAUCAUAUCGGAGGAGUCUUUCAGUAUUUAUUUGCAGCUAACUGUUUGUGCCUUGUGGUGUCCUCGGGUGUGUAAAUAAAGUGUCAGGUAUAUA